GAGAUGAAAUGGCACGGGUCAUCUGGUCCAUGAUCAAGGAGAAGCUCAUCCACCCCUUCCUCGACCUCAACAUUAAGUACUUCGACCUGGGCCUGCCUCACCGCGAGGCCACCAACGACCAGGUCACGAUUGAAAGCGCACAAGCAACGCUAGAGUAUAAUGUGGCAGUCAAGUGUGCAACAAUCACUCCUGACGAGGAGAGGGUGUGGGAGUUCGGACUCAAGGCCAUGUGGAAGAGCCCCAAUGGCACCAUUCGAAACAUACUGAAUGGCACUGUGUUCCGGGAACCAAUUCUCAUUCGCAACAUUCCUCGCCUCGUGCCCUCAUGGACACACCCCAUAGUGAUAGGCCGGCAUGCCUUCGGGGAUCAAUACCGAGCCACAGAGAUGGCCAUUCCUGGCCCUGGCAAGCUCAAGCUAGUCUAUG